AUAUUCGUUUUUUCUUGUUUUGUUUAUCUCUGUAAAUUUAACUAAAUGAAAGUGCUGAGCUUGUCAGAAUUUGAGGGAAACAAGCGUUAUUGAUAGUACAGCGUCAACUUCGAGCUGUAGCUUGACCCUGAACUGAACAUUUCGCUACGCUGGCAAGUAGAACUGGAACAAACGGCAGCAACAUGACAAAUUGGCGUGAAUUGUUCCCAACAAAAUUGACUUUUCUCAUAUUCCUGCUGUAUAUGUCAUUGUUUAUUGGACAAGGUAUAUUUGUUACGGCAUCACAGGACUCGAACAAUUCCUACAGCUAUAAUACUGUCACUGUUGUUCUCCUCACCGAAAUCCUCAAGCUCAUAGUCUCAACUUGCCUCUAUUGCAGAGAAAACAAUCUACGCUCAUUGGUGCGCGAUGUACACAAAGAUCGCCAAGUGCUUGCUCUUUAUAUGGUGCCCGCAUUUCUUUACUGUCUCUACAAUAAUCUCGCCUUUGUGAAUCUCGCCACGUUCGAUCCGACGACAUAUUAUUUGCUGCUGCAACUGCGAGUUGUAGUCACAGGCGUUCUCUUUCAAAUCAUAUUUAAAAAGUAUUUGUCACGUCGCCAAUGGAUAUCAUUGAUUCUGUUAACACUCGGCUGUAUGCUGAAGCAGGUAGACUUAAACAGUUUCUACAGUGAUGCCAACGAUGACAGCGAAGCGGCAGCCCUCCAACAGGCAGGCGGGGGGGCUGCAGCUGGAACAGUUGCUGCCUCAAAAGCAAUUGGCAAGAAUAUGACUGGAUUCGAUUUCAGCAUCAGCGCCGUUUUUAUCUUGGCCCAGACGAUAUGCUCCUGCUUGGCGGGCGUGUACAACGAGUAUCUGCUUAAGGACAAGGGCGCCGAGGUGAACAUCUUUGUGCAGAACGUGUUCAUGUAUCUGGACUCAAUUGUCUGCAACGCUGGCAUUCUUCUGUUGCGCGGCGAACUGCUGGACGCAUUCAGUGCCCACAAUCUUGGCAGCAUCAUGCGUUUCAGUGUGAUUAUCAUCAUAGUCAACAAUGCCGCAAUUGGUAUUGUGACAAGUUUCUUUUUAAAGUACAUGAACUCCAUACUUAAGACAUUCGCCAGCGCAUUGGAACUUCUGUUUACGGCCGUGCUGUGCUAUUUCCUGUUCGCCAUACCGAUCUAUAUAAACACCGCACUUGCCAUUGCCGUAGUUUCCUAUGCCAUCUAUUUGUAUACACAAAGUCCCGUGGUUAAUCUCGGCAAGGUGCGUCCCUUGGCGACCCUAAGUGAGGUAACUACCAAUCCCAAGACUAAAGAGAGAGAAGACGAUCGCAGGCUGCUGGAUGAGCAAGGGGAUACGGAUUUGGAAAUGGAUAUAGUCUAACAAAAUUAACGUAGGCUUAAUAAUGUGUAUAUAUAUGUAGUUUCCCUUCUCACUGCUACUCUAGUCACUGCAUUUGAUUAUUUAUUGCAGUGUAUAGAAGUGCCUCAAAAGCGUGCAAUCUUUGUUUGUAUGUACAUAUGUGCGUGUAAAUAGCGUUUCCGUUUUAGAUAUAAUUCAUAUAAAUAUCAAACUACUUUCAUUGAAA